AUGGUAUUCUUCAUUUGCAACCACUGUGGAGAAUCACUGAAAAAGCAGGUGGUGUCCGCCCACGCCUAUCGGUGUAGACGACCAAUCAGCGUAUCGUGCAUGGACUGCCUGAAAGAUUUCCACGGCCAAGCGUACGACGCGCACACGGUCUGCAUCAGCGAAGCGGAAAAGUAUGCCGCCAAAGGAUUUGUGGCCAAGGAAAAGAAGGGUGCAAAGAAGCAGGAAAGCUGGGUCAGCAUGGUACGAUCGAUAACAGAGCGGAACAGCAAUCUAUCACCCGGCGUAAAGUCCGUCUUCGAGAUCAUCAACCGGACCGAUAACAUACCGCGUAAAUGUAAACCAUUUGUAAACUAUUUCCAAAAUUCCUUCCGAUAUUUAAAUCGUAAAGAUGUGGAACAGGCUUGGGCUAUUAUAGAACGGGAGGUUAAAAGCGAGCAUCAAACGACGGCCCAACAAAAUGCAGGUGCCGCGCAGGAAUCGGCCGUACCAACGAAGAAUGGUACAGAUGAUCCGAAAACGAACGGUGUAUCGGCACAAAAUGAUGUAGCUGAGAAAGAAUCUUCGUUGACCAAGCAGAAAAAACGAAAAACGGAACACCCUUCGGAAAACGGCCAUGGACAGGUAGAACAGCAAUCGUCAAAGCAAAAGAAACGCAAGACGAAAGAUACGUCGCUCAACGGUCACGAGGAUGAAGCGGCUCUGCUAGCGAACGGAACCGAUACCACAAUGACGGAUCAACAUCAGGACCAAACAGGUGAUCAGGAAAAAUUCCACUGGAGUGAUGUGAUCCGCGGUUUACUCCUAUCGAAAAAUAACCAGAUGAAGCUGUCCAAGCUGAAGAAGAAGGUUUUGAAACGUUACCAGCAAACAACCGGCAGUUCGGAGACUGAUGAUGGAAAAUUCGAGAAAAAAUUCCAAAAGAAAAUAGCGAAGAACAGUUGCUUUGUGGUGGAAAACGAUACAGUACGGUUGGUAGAAGCGUGA